CUCCUACUGUUAACCUGGCUCCCGCCUCAGGCGGGCAGGCAGCAGGACGGGGGGCUCAGGCCAAGCCUGACUGAAGAGCAGCCAACAGCAGCCAGUCUGCUCCCAGGUUUGCCCUCCUGAGGGGUGGCUGGGAGCCGGGUGGGUGGCUCAGCUUCUCCCCUUGGGAAGUGGACUGGAGGAAGGCUUGGCUUAUAAAGGCAGGGGAUGUGGAGAGCAGGCUGACCAUAGCCUUUCUCCGGCCCUCCAGGCCAUGCCUCCCAGAGGCGCUUGAUAGCCAGCUGCGUGUGGCCACCCCGCCCUCCAUGCCACCUUGAGCUCUGGGUCCCUUCAGAGUCCCCUCCACAGUCAGACUAGCCCUCUGGUGCUGAGGGCAUGGUGAGAGCCCCCUUGGUGAGCCACUCACAUUAGAGCCCCCUUUUCUGCUGCCACCUCUCCCUCCCUCUGGCCCUCUGUUGGCAUCUGGCAAGAGUCCUCCCCUCUUCCACCCGCCGACUGGAUGAUCUGACUCUUCCCCUGCCCACCACGAUUGCUGUCCAGAUGCCCUGGAUCCUGCUCAUACUGCUGCUAUUCGGGGACGCUGUGGAAAUGUUCGCCCUAAACCACAGCAAGAAACAAGUAGGGGUUGGGCUGAAGGAGAAUUGCACCGGCUGUCUGAUCUGCUCAGAGGAAAAUGGCUGUUCCACCUGUCAGCCAAGACUUUUUCUCCAUAUCCGCCGAGAUGGCAUCCGUCAGUACGGGAAAUGUGUGCACGACUGUCCCCACGGCUACUUUGGUGUGCGUAGCCAUGAAGUCAACAGAUGCAAAAAAUGCGGGUCCACCUGUGAGAGCUGUUUCAGCCAAGACUUCUGCAUUCGGUGCAAAAGAAGGUUUUUUUUGCACAAGGGGAAGUGUGCUUCCACCUGCCCACCAGGCACCAUUGCCCACCAGAGCACGUGGGAAUGCCAAGAGGAAUGUGAAUUUGGACCCUGGAGUAUCUGGAGUCCCUGCAGCCAGGACGGGAAAACCUGCGGGUCAGCCUGGGGCCUGGAGACCCGAGUGCGUGAGGUCAGCCGAGGCAGUCGAGAGGAGGGGGCGGCAGGCUGCCAAGCCCUGUCUGAGUCAAGAAACUGCCCCAUCAGCAGGCAUUGCCCUGGAGAGAAAAACCUGACCCGAAAGCGGGGGAGGAAGGAAAGGAGGCAUCGGAAAGAGCGAAAGAUGGAGCGUUCCCAGUGAAUGCCACCCCCGCCUGGCACAAGGACAUCUGGGCCAGAGAAAAGAAAGGGACAGCAGUGACUCAACCACCCAUCAGUGACUCCCCGCUCACCUGGCCCUUUCCAUCCAGGGAAAACUGAACACUUUUCAUUCUUCUUUUCUCCUUUUUUUCCUUCCCCUUCCUAUCUUCCCUUGUUUUCUUUUCUUUCUCUCCUU